AAACAACAAUCUUUUCAGGAUCAUGGAAUACGCUUCGAUGAAGUUGGUUUUCUUGGUCGCGCUCUUGGUUUUCACCGCUGGUGGUGUUACGAAAAUUGGAGCAGAAGAAGAAGGUAACGAUAACGGCGUCGUCGGCAUCGGGGCGGAAUUGAAGAAAGUGAUUCCGUGCGCCAGAUUCAAGGCGUGUAGUUGCACGGGCAAACUUUGCGUUUGCACGCUGCGCAAAAAAGCUCAGGUGUCUACCCAAUCAGGCGGCGGCGUAGAAGGUGAAAACGGCGUCGUAGGGGCUCCGGCGGCUGCAUACCAGGUUAAAUGCGGGCAACUGAAGACGUGCAGUUGUAUUUUCCGACUUUGCUUCUGCACGGUGCGUGGCUAG